AUGGCCGCCGCUGUUAUACAGCCUCAGUCGACCUCGAGAAAUUUACCCACAAGUCUACCACCCGGAAUGAGACGAGGUCCUCCUACGACCGCAUUGCCUCUCCCUCCGCCUCCGCCAAUCCCCGACCAAUUCAGCAUUUCCGCUAGCAGUAGUUCCAGCUCGAUGCUGUCUACAUCUGCCCCCUUGUCCGCAGGCCAGGUCAUCGCCCUUGCUAGGGAAGCAAUGAACAGUGCCUUACAAGAAAACGAGACCCAGGCAGCCGAGGCGAGCGGUGUUAGUACCGAACUCAAACCAGGUGUUACCAUCGACCUCAGCAGAAGAAAUAUUCAGGCAUUGCCAGAUGAGGUAGUGGACAUAAUAAAGAAUGAAUUAGAGCGAUUGGCGCUCUCGCAUAACAAGUUAUCAACUCUACCAGCCAGAUUUUCGGAAUGCACACAUUUGCGAUAUCUUAACCUUAGGGCCAACCAAAUCAAAGAGUUCCCUCUAUCGCUCUGCGAUAUCAAGUCACUUGAGAUAUUAGAUAUGGGGAGGAACAAAAUUCGAAUUCUCCCACCCGAAAUUUCAAAAUUGGCCUCGCUUAAGGUGCUGGCUUUGCAAAAGAAUCGGAUUGAGGAGCUUCCGCUUUGUUUAGCUGAUAUGGUCUCAUUGCAAAUGCUAAGGCUAGCCGGAAACGAUAUCAAAUUUCCGCCAAAGGAGGUAUUACAGGUACAAGCUAGCAGUCCUCCGAGUGAGGGUUUCCUGGAGAAGAGUGAAAUAACGGAGCUCGCUGUUACGGCACACAUUAAGAAGUUUCUGAAGCAAAAAGCGCAAAGUAUGAAUGCAAGAGAGAAAGAGGGCGAGAACGGUGGAGAUGAGCUCAGCGACGGAAUAGAAACACCUCGAAUGCCCAUCAGAAGAGUAGUCAGCGGGCGAUUUCCCAUUCGGGUGAAUGGCAGCGACGUGUCAGAUAUGAGAUCCCCAGCCAUACUCCGACCACCACCUAUACCUUCUCGAUCACAUGCUCGAGGCCUCUCUCAGCAGAAUACAGCCAUCCGCAGACCUGGCGUUAUGCCUCUCACCAUCGGCAAUCCCAAUGAGAGGCUAAGGUCAAACAGCGAGACGCUAUUACAAGCACCGAGAGCCGAGCGACCGUCAGACCGAAACAGGCGCAUGGGUAUCGUGUCUAGAAAACCGACUGAGCUCGGAACCUUAGAGGAAGGCCAGGCAAAUAACAGAUUCAGCCACUACCGAGGAUUGAGCCAUGGUUCAUCCAUGACGGGUCACUUAAAUCCUAAUGGAACUUCUACCACCAGCCCAAAUAAUCCAGCAGAACCACUGCUCCAUCGCCCAAACUACGUGAGGCGUCUAUCCGUCUUACCGGAACAAAGGCGAGAAUCAAGGAUUUUCGAUCCUAUUAUCGAAUCUGCGAAGGGCAUUCUUUAUGCAAUUUUCCAGAUCCAUCCAACCAUACAACUCUUUACAAGGCUCACAAAUGAUGGCACAACUAAACGGUCAAGCCUCGAGAUUGUCUUCUACAAUACUAAUUUCCAUAUUGAGCAAUUGGAACAUGAGAUUCAGAAACAUGAAUUUGUCACGGAGAAUGGCCCUUAUACACCACGCGAGAACGAGAAUGUUCAAAGGGCCGUUCUGACCUUAAUUAAUGCCUAUAGCCAUAUUUGUUCACUCCUCAUGAACAAUAUGAAUACUAUUGUUGAUAAUGGGGACCCGCGCUAUAUCCGCACAAUGAUGAUGUUGCUGUAUCACAGCAUCAUGGAACUUCGUAUUACCGCUAAUGAGAUCUCCGCCGCUACAAGCUCGCCUGUGUUUAGCCAGGGAUACCAGCAGACAAGGAUCCAAGAUACAGUCAGAAUUCAUCCUCAAGACAAUUCUAUAACACCCACAAUCGACCGACCAAGCAUACCUGGUAGUCAACCACGGCCUAGAGCCCUAGCUCAUAACCAUGGCAAUCUUCGCGUAACAACAGACGUGUCAAUUCCCUACAUAAAUGGUACCGGCCGGAUGGCACAAAUCACAUCGGCCACACCCCGGUCUGGAGAAUCGUUCGCAUCCUCGAAUGGGGAUAUGAGGUAUCCCACCGACUUUACCGCAGACGAGCGAUUGUUUGAGAGAAUAUUUUUGUCGUUACAAAAAUCGUCAGAUCUUGCCAUGCGCAUUCUCCCCGGUAUUAACCAACAAUUCCUUGCUUAUAGGCGCAAUGCGGAAAAUCAACGAGCUCCGGAACGUAUAGUACGCUGUUGGAAAGGUCUCGUUGCUAAAUGUUCAAUCUCUAUUGCCGAUACAGAGCGCUUAAAGGACCGUUUGUCUCUUAUCAAACUAAAGGAGCCUGGUGUCAGGACAGAUCCCCUCUUCUGGAGCCUCUGCAAAAGUUUUAUUGAUUCUUGGGCCGAAUUCGGGAGUAGGCUGAAGGCAUCCAUGGAUCAAAUAACGUUUCCGUUAGAUAUUAGGACUAGACUACGGCCUAUUCAAAUCAGCAUAAAAGAGACCAACCAUCUUAUCAUGACUUCCCCAUGGGCAUACCUCCUUCGACACACUAGCAAUAUCAGCGACGCACCCACCCACUAUUCACCAAGCCACUAUUCAUCUAAUUCCGGGGUCGGCCAAAUACAGAUGCCUAUGACACCCCAAAGCGCUGCCCUUGGACCGGCUGUACAAGCAACUGUGCCAUCGACACCCCAGAGUGCAUCUCUUUCUAACGUGUUUAAUGGGAAUGUUUUUGAACGUGCCGACGCAUUAUUGUCAUCUAUGGGAGCAUUGGCGAUGUCUCGUUCUGCGACGAUGAAUAGUACUUCUACGUCUCUAAACUCGUCAUUUUCUUCCACUACUUCGUCACAGGAAGAUCGCCAGGGCUUAUCAAAUAUGUUGAGCCCCAGUGGAGGCUCGGGUCCCCUAACUUCUUAUCGGCUUAACGGUGGAAACAAGCCCGCGUUCUAG